AUGUCGACUAGGAAGCAUGAAUCUGGUUUUCAAAAGCGCAAGAAAAAACAAAGAAUUGAGAAACUUGUGCAAUCUCAGAAAGGGGAUAUGGAUCGGUUUGUUUUUAAAGAACCGCAAGUAUCCUCUGUAAUUGAGUCCGCAAAUCAACCAGCUGAUCUAGAACCUGCAACUGCAACUAAUAAUAUAGGUGACAAUGUGGUUGAGGAUGUGCCUAUUGAUAGCACAAAUAUUCCUGCUAGUGUUGAUGUUAAUGUCAAUAUGUCACCUGAUGGGGAUGUUAGUGAAUCUUUUCAACAAGAUAUAUUUGAUCCAAGAUAUUGGGAUUCUCUUAAUCCUAGACAGAUUGACAUUUUAGCAGAAAAGGGCCCUAGAAGAACUUAUUAA